AUGGGAUGGCGUUCCUAUGGCCUUGACAUUAGUCCAUCUGCAAUUAACCAUGCUUGGGAAUUGCUCUUCCGUUGCAAUCAUUUUAGUUUCCUCUGUGCUUUGGAUCCACAGCAGCGAAAUUUAUGGGCAGACAAGAUGCUAUCCUUGCUUCUUGCAAAAAAAGGCCAGCUUCUGACUUUAAUGUUCCCUCUUUAUGAUGCCCCAUCAGAAGAGAAGGAAGGACCUCCAUUUCCAUUGACUGAAGCCAUGUAG